UCGCAAUAUUGAGACAGACAAGAUGUUGGGCAAUUGGGAAUUGAAUUCUUAAAAUUACUACUAGGAGGAAUCCGAUCAUCCUCUCUCUCUCUACCUUAAUGCUAUUUUUUGCCGCUGUUGAUUAAUUAUUGGGUAUGGCAUGGCAAGUAUCGAGAUCUCGGUUCGACGUUGAUGAAUGAUGACGAUGCGGGGGACAGCUUUUGGAAGCCUUUCUUUUUUGCGCCUCACCAACGUUAUAUUGCUUUUCCUCCCUCGCAUUCAUCUUGGACUCUGGGAUAUGAUAUGAAUUAUGGAUGGGGAGGAGGAGUAAUAAUAAUAAUAAUAAUAAUAAUAAUAAUUAGUGAGAAGGUUUGGAGCCUGCAAGCCCCCUCCUGGUGGUCUUCUUCCCCUGGCGCGCUUCCAGCUGGCCAACUAAAAGUCUCUAUCUAGAACGUUGCAGAGAGAGUUCUUUUGUUUUCUAGGUUAGGUUGCCAGUUGCGCUUUAUUGCGCUUUUGCUCCAAGCACUAAUAAACGCUAAUCCGCUCGGUUCCCUGUUGCUCCUCUGCUAUGGAGUCUGGCAACGGCCGCCGCCGCCGUGUUGUCGUAACUCUUGCUUGAAAGACGCCUCUUGGAUCUUCGACCUUUCUUGUUUCAUCCCUGGCAGCAUCAUCCCCCGUCCAAAACAGAGUACGGAGUAAGUUAUCGUAUGUUGUAAUGUACCCUCUUACUACUCCGUACUCCUUCCCCCUUCCCCCUUCCACGUCUCCGAUAAUUUCUGGUUCCUAUAUGAGCUCUUAGCCUCCCCGCCUUUCCCUCGGCUCUUCUUCUUUUUUUAUUAUUAUUUAUUGGUUAUUUUUCAAAAAGUCAGAAAAGAAAAGAAAAGGAAAGGAAAGGAAAGGGAAAAAAAAAAAAAAAAGGAAUAAAACUUGUCAUUUUUUUUUUUUGUCUGGUUGGUGGGAUUUAUUUAGCAUUGCCUUGCGCCUGCAUACAAUAACCAUCCUUUUCUCAAACCGACUCGUUUUCCCGUCCUGUCACUUGCCUCUGCAUGGCCUCCUAUUGAUCUAUAUUCUAUUUUCUUGGUGAUUGAACGUUUGACCUCACUGUGCACGAACCCCUCUGCCACCCUGUGUUGCAGCUCCAUCAGGCCUGGUUUUCAAUUUUUGUGUCCAGCAUUGUACCGCCCUCUGCCCCUUUCCCCAUCCCUUUGAUAGUCUCGGCCCUUGUUCAAUUAUCGUAACUGGCUGCUCUGGUGGUGUAUCAUAUCGUUCGGAAAGCGACGCCAUUGUCAACUAUCCUCCUCCCUCCUCCCUCCUCCCUCCUCCCGUUUUCCUAGAUUUCCCAUAUAUCGGGAUCCAAAGUCCCUUGGCGCGGGAUAGCUUUUUCAUUACUUAGCCGUUUGCGCCACACGUUACGUUACCCCUUUCUCACGGGACAUUUCGUCAAUUAUCGGAGGGAACAUACUUCCCGCGGCCUCACUAUCAAGCCAGAAUUCGUGCCAUACAACCUGGCGGACGAACAACAAGUUCUGUACAUCGUCCCCCACGGGGACAAGUUACACAGGGCAAAGACACAUACCGACUUUAUAUAGCUGAUACUGUUCCAUUGAGUGAAGAGUAUAUAUUGGUUGUAUAUAACCAAGAGACUGCGGCACGAAAGAAAGAAAGAAAGAAAGAAAGAAAGAAAGAAAGAAAGAAAGAAAGAAAGAAAAGAAAUACCAAGAUAUGGACCCUGGCCGUUCCAGCAUGAUAUCUAUUCUAAAUAACGACGACAACCCUUCUUUUGCGGUUCGACCCUCAAAAGCCUCAAAAUACUGCCCACAAACGGCCUCAUAUACUCACCAGCAAGUUCGCCAAUGGCCUUCGCAAGGUGGAUAUCAUCACAAUGUCCGGCCAGACGAGUCCAUUCUACCCCCUGGAUCUCCUGGUAUCUAUCGUCUAGAUUCAAGCUCGCAUCAUCACCAUCAACAUAGCAACGGGUUUAGUCAAAAUCCAGAGCAUUCCAUAUAUUACAGCCACCAGGCUCCCCCAAGUCAUGUUGCUAGUCCGUAUGGCCCCGCCAGCCGCCGUGGCUCGCAAUACUCCCAUCCUAUUGAAAAACUGUCCAUCGAGAGGAUCACACACAGCGAAAUCCCCCAUGGAGACCCACCCUCGCCCCAAACCUCGAUGAAUGGAUCAGGAGACUUGCGAGCAGCGAAAGUCAACAACAAGAAAAAUAAGUACCCCUGUCCCUACGCCACCUCCCAUUCCUGUACCGCAACCUUCACUACCUCCGGACACGCCGCACGACACGGCAAGAAGCACACGGGCGAGAAGGGCGUCCACUGCCCAAUUUGCAAUAAGGCAUUUACUCGCAAAGACAACAUGAAACAACAUCGACGCACCCACCGCCUCUCGAUAUCGAGCGAAGUAUCGCUGAAUCGGGGUGACGAGGACGCAACUGCUACUCCUCCAGCGGACUGGAAUAGCAGCAGGAGCCGCCAUUACGACCGGGACGAGUAUCUCAGUCUUGCGUCGCCCAUUUCCCCAACCGCAGAUGACAGGUCGGACGAAACCUCGAGUCGAUCGACGAGUCGCAGCUAUGGGGGACGGUCAUAUACUUCGCUAAAUGAGGCGGUGACGUCGUCCAUGCGCCAGGGGGAACCUAUGCGGAGGGCGUCGCGUUCUGACGGCAUUACCCGGGGGUUAGAUGCGCUUGCGGUUGCUGCUACGAAAUCGAAGCUGGACCGUUACCCGCGAUGAUGUAUGUAUGUAUGUAUGAAGGAGACGGACGAAAGGCGCUUGAUGUUCAUUAUAGCGAAUUCCCCUUUUGUUGAUUUGAUUUUGAGUUUGAGUUUGAUUUGUUUCUUUAAAUAAAUGAUAUGGAUGACAUGCAUGUCUUGAUUCCUUUUUUGAUAUCCUCAUCUAUAGAAGCAAAAUACUCCGCAUAGGAAAGCACCGCUGGUGUGGUGAUGGCGAAGGGCGAAGGGCGAAGGGCGAGGGGCGAAUUGGGCUUAGCUGGCGUGCUUUUCUGCUUUGAAUCUCCAUUCCUUUUCAUUUUUUUUUUUUUUUCUUUUUUGCGUUCUCGUCGUUGUAAACCAUCUAAUUCAUCAUCAAUUUUUUUUUUUUUUUUUCUCUCCUCUCCACUAGUUAGUUACCCACCCACACACACACAUUCUCCCCUUGUCGAUUUGUAGAUUAUCCGCGCCUUAAUCCUUCCUCGGAAUCAAAUCCAUGGUUUGAAACGAAGUCAAAGACGAAGACGAAGACGAGAAGACGAAAAGUAAAAACUUACAUAAUGAGACUUACACUCGAAACACGAACUGCGAAAGAUUCUCGGCGGGGGCCAAGGCUUCGCCGAUACAAUAAUAUAGAGAGCAAUUCAACCAAUUCAAUGUCAUGCUUGGAACUCUGCAACUCAGUUUAAACUAUGGUCUAGAUUCAACUACGUACAUGUACACAUACAUAUACAUGUACAUUACAUUAACAUGCAUCCUCUUGCGCGCAUCAUAGUUGCUUCAGAUUUUCCCAAGAGCCAGCGCCCUGGAGACACGUUUGCGUUGUUGUUGUUGUACUGCAUGCGUCUCAUUUUUAUUCCCAAUUCGGAAUUUUGAUCUAGAGUUUAUAUAUAGUUAGUACUUUUAUUAUCUCUUACGGUUUAUUUUUUUUUUUGGGGGGGGGGGGGAUUUUCUUUUCUCCCCAAUCUUUGGAAUUACCUAUCUAGUUAUUAAUGCCUGAGAUUCUUUCGCAUAGAUAUAAAUGUUAUCCAUGACCACCCACCCCCUCUUAGCUCGC